AUGCAUGUCGACUGGUUAAGACGAUACGCCACAGGCUAUCAUCGAUGGAGACAGACUCGAGAUGAGAACGAGGUCCUUUUCUACCGGCCACUUGGGAUCGUCGAGAGCUCGUUCGACGCCGACGGAGUCUACCAUGAGGGAAGGGCUGAUAUAAAUAUGGCUCUCGAAUUCGAGAUCAGUACAAACAUGUCCACGACCUCUCUGAGACGGCACAUCCUGCUCGUCUGGACGGCUCUGCGUCUCAGACACGUCCUCUUGUGCUCUGCUGCCUCCUCGACAAUGGAUUUUAUGGACGAGAAGGCGGCCAAAGACAGCGCUCGAUGGUUUAUCGUUCGGAAGCCUACGAGCAGCGAGGACGCCAUUCACGCAGCAGACAACCAGAUAGCUUUUCUCCACGAUCAUUACCCUGCUACAAGCAGCGGCACAUACAAUCUGCGCUUCUUGUUCAUCAUGUCUCAUCAGAUCUCAGACGGUCUGACCAACAGCAAUUGGGCCACCAGUUUCAUGCGGCUGCUGAACACCAAGUCCCACGACCUCGAGGACUCCAUCGGCACUCUGGUUACGACGCUGCCUGAGCGCCUGCCACCUGCGCAAGAGGAUCUGUACCAGCCCAUAUCUGGCUCCUUGGCACGACAACGAUGGUUUUGGGCUAUAACUCUCGUGCUUCGUCACGUCCAGAAGCCCAUGCCGCCCGCAUUCCAGAACCCGCUC